GAGAGAUCGUGGUGGUUUCUCACUGGGGCUGCGAAGGCUGUGAGAAGCCUUCAGUGGGGUGGUGAGAUUGGCAGGGUUGGUGGGGUCUGGAGAGAAAAAGGGAGCGUUCCCCAAAAGUUUAAUGAAGGGGUAUCCAGGCUGCUAGGGGAUGGCAGCUUUCCCAAAGAAAGGCUCCUUAUAUUGGUAUUCUGGGGACGGGGUGGCAGCCCAUAUGUAGACUUGAUGUAUUUACCUGAUUUAUUUUUAGGUUUCCCUUGGCAGCUUUGAAAGGAUGUGGACUCAUUUAAUUGCUUAGACAGGGGGCAAGAUGGCCGAAAUCAGUGAUCUUGACCGUCAGAUUGAACAACUGCGGCGCUGUGAGCUCAUCAAGGAGAGUGAGGUCAAAGCCCUCUGUGCCAAGGCCAGAGAGAUCUUGGUGGAAGAAAGCAACGUCCAGAGAGUAGAUUCUCCAGUAACAGUUUGUGGGGACAUUCAUGGCCAGUUCUAUGACCUUAAAGAGCUCUUCAGGGUGGGUGGUGAUGUGCCUGAGACCAACUAUCUCUUCAUGGGAGAUUUUGUGGACCGUGGCUUCUACAGUGUUGAAACAUUCUUGCUACUGCUGGCACUCAAGGUCCGCUAUCCAGACCGGAUCACCUUGAUCCGUGGCAACCACGAGAGCAGACAGAUCACCCAAGUAUAUGGGUUCUACGAUGAGUGCCUGAGGAAAUACGGCUCUGUCACUGUGUGGCGUUACUGCACUGAGAUCUUCGACUACCUCAGCCUCUCUGCCAUCAUUGAUGGCAAGAUUUUCUGUGUCCAUGGUGGUCUGUCCCCAUCCAUCCAGACGCUAGACCAGAUCCGAACGAUAGAUCGCAAGCAGGAGGUUCCUCAUGAUGGUCCCAUGUGUGAUCUUCUCUGGUCUGACCCUGAAGACACUACAGGCUGGGGCGUAAGUCCCCGUGGUGCUGGCUACUUGUUUGGCAGUGACGUGGUGGCACAAUUCAACGCAGCAAAUGACAUCGACAUGAUCUGUCGGGCGCACCAGCUGGUCAUGGAAGGGUACAAGUGGCACUUCAAUGAGACAGUCCUUACAGUGUGGUCAGCUCCCAACUACUGCUACCGAUGUGGGAAUGUAGCAGCCAUCUUGGAACUUGAUGAACACCUUCAGAAGGAAUUUAUCAUCUUUGAAGCAGCCCCUCAAGAAACUCGGGGCAUCCCUUCUAAGAAGCCUGUUGCGGACUACUUCCUGUGAAUGCUUCUCUCAUCUCUCCCCGUGUGCGGCUUCUGUUUUCUAUUGUUGUUGGGGUGGACAGCCUUUUUUCAAGUUUUGGCAGGGUUCAGGUCUCUUCCCCCUACUUUUCUCUUCCCCUUUCCCCAAUAAAUCUUCAAUGCUGGACCCCUUAGACUGAAUUGGCCAUCUUUUCCACACUACUGAAUCCUAGCCAAUCUUCCUGAUAACUUUAGGGCUGCCCUAAUUUAUAUCCUCCACCUAAAAUAAUUCUUGUGACUUUGGGUCACUGGAAAAACCCAGAACUCUCUUGCUGUCCGAUCACCCCAUGCAAAAAUACAACCCAGAAACUGAGAGAAGCUGCGGGGUUCUCUGAUUUUUGGAGAGGCAUAGCUGACAGCUUCCUUUUCCAGCUCUCUGAUUCCUCUCCAGUGCUUCUCUACACUCUAGAAGGACUGGAAAUUAUUAGCAGAGAAUGUAUCUGGCAGAGAACUGAAUUUGGAAACAGAGAGAAAUCAGCUGAUAGGAGGACUGAAUCUCUGGACCAGUUCCCUGCCUCUGUGCCACUUAGGUGCUUCCUGAUUUAACCCUUUUCUGGUCAGCUGACCUUGGAACUCUUACUGUUUUGGUGCCAUUCCAUAACAUUUAGGCAGAAAAUAGGAAGUGCUUCAAACCUUGUUGUGCCUGGUUGCUGGAAGACCUGGAACACUGGUUUCUUGGUACUUCAGUGUAUAGUCUGCUUAAACUACAUGGAAUAGAUUGAUCUAGAUUAGGCAGUGGUUCCUUUGUCUGUUACACCCCUUGUUCCUAGCUUUUUGGCCAGUGGAAUAUUAGACUCCCCCAACUUACUGUACCAGAAAGUCCUGACUUUUCAAGAAGUAGUACUCCUUCAGGUCACAGGAGGUUCUGUGUAAUAUAUAGAAUCCAUUCAACUCUGGUGAUGGAUUUAUUAAAUCUUUUAUUGGCUGAUCUUUAUCUGGUACUUGUCCUUCCUGCCCUUCUCCCUGAGUGGGACCACAUCACGUUAAUUAAUUUGACCAAUGGGCAUAUUCUGUCUUCCCUACCACCUUGGAUUCCUACCCCCUGUGGGGCUGGUGUAUCCAGAUGCCCUCCACUCCCAGGCUCAAAAUUCCUCACCCUUUUAUUUCUGUGAAGGAAUACUUGGUUCAGAUAGCUAUUUAGAAUUAGAAAGGGAGGGGGAACUUCCUGCCACUUUCCCUACACUUAGGAUGGGCUUUUCCCUCCCAUCUCCCAUGAUCUGUCUCUGCUCUAAUUUUAUUUUGUUUUCAUUUUGGUUUUUUCCUAUUUACAACUUUUAGAUAAAAAAUUCUAAUAAAACUAAGAAAAAUUGA